CUGCUCUCGUGUUUACGUAAUUACAGAUAUUUCAUUUUCAGCCCGAUCGGAUCUGCUGAGCUUGUUCAUCCAUCUUCCCCGCACUGCGAUGUUCAUCCGCCCCCUCCGUCGUCUCCUCACCCGUUCAACUGCCGUCUCACGCUUUCACACUUUUCCACCAUGCUUAUCUUCGAGGAAAAUUUUACAGAAUUUCAAGCUUGCUGAUAUUGGCGAGGGCAUCACAGAGUGUGAAGUCAUCAAAUGGAAUGUGAAGGAACUUGGCACUGUACAAAGCUUUGAGCCUUUGUGCGAGGUCCAGAGCGAUAAAGCAAGCGUCGAAAUCACAAGCCCAUUCGAUGGUGUAGUGAAAGAGAUUCUGGUAAAGGAAGGUGAAGUUGCAAAGGUUGGCCAAGGACUCUGUGUGAUUGAGGUUGAUGAGGAAUUGUUGGAUAGCGGAAGCGCAGAACAAGUAGAUCCUGCUUUGUCGACGGCAUCUGCGCCAUCUCCAGGAAUUCCGAACUCCAAGUUUGUCGAAGAAGAUGCUAUCUCUCGAGCCGAACAAAUCCAUGAGGAGCCAUCUGCACCCAGAAGACCACAUCCCAUGGACCCAAACUACUCACCUCCUUCCGCUCCCCAUGUUAACCCUGAGAACGUGCUCGCAAAGCCCUCAGUUCGUCAUUAUGCUCGCCAGUCCAAGGUUGACCUUGCACUUCUCUCAGGCAGCGGACGUGACGGACGCAUCGAGAAGAAGGAUAUCGAUGCAUUCCUGUCACGGCAAGUCUCUCCUGUUUCGGUAGACCCCGCUUCAGCUGCACCACGAGCACAAGCACAAGCCGAACAAGACGUGAUUGUCGAGCUUGGUCGGACACGUUAUGGCAUGUGGAAAGCUAUGACUCAAAGUCUUGAGGUUCCACACUUUGGCUACUCGACUUCUCUCGACCUCACAUCUCUCCAUUCUCUUCUCCCAAUACUCAAUUCGCAUAUACCUGAACAUUUCAAUCCCUCCAAUUCAUCAUCGCUCCCAAUUAACCCUUCCGCUCUGCAUCCCGCGCCAUCGCCUCCUCCCGUACCAGCAAGCGCCCAGUUCACACGGCUCACAUAUCUCCCUAUACUCAUAAAGACACUUGCAAAGGCCAUGAUGGCAUGGCCGGUGCUUCGUUCCUCCAUCACACCAGGUAGCGCAAAUGGAGGAGGCAAGCCCACACUUACCAUCCGUCCGCAUGCGGACAUCGCUGUUGCUCUGAGCACCACGACAGGUUUAUACACACCCGUCAUACCCCAUGCAGAUACGCACAAUAUCUACAGCCUAUCUUCACAACUUAAGCACCUUUCUUUCCUCGGCCGUCAAGUACCAUGCGCACUCACGAUGAACGAGAUGCCGAAACGUGGUGCAACGGUCACAGUAUCUAAUGUAGGCGCAAUCGGCGACGGGGAGUACGCGCACCCUGUCUUGGUACCUGGGGGUGGUGUAGCGAUCGUCGCCAUAGGGAGAGCGAGAUGGGUGUGGGACGUCAGUAAGAGUGAGCGUGGGGAGAGGAGACUAAAGGUUGGCGUGAGCUGGAGUGCGGAUCACCGUGUGCUAGAGGGUGCAGAGUUGGCUGCGUUCGUAGAGUCUUGGAGGGCAUAUGUGGAGGCACCUGAACGACUUAUCGGAGAGGGAAUAUGAGCCGAGUUCAUAUGCUCAAUGGAGGCUGUAUAAUUGAGCAUCGGACUUUUAUGCUAUCGCUUUGCAAUCAUGGUCUAGAGCAAGAAUAUCACGAUCCCAUACAUCAGCACUUUUCAUAUCUAUCGCUACCUGUCCUGUAAGUACCUUGUCAACACAUGGUGAAAUUGAUCGCGGCACUUUGCAACAUUGGUGAUUUACGCCGUUUAAUUAGAACCACGCUGCAUGCUGCCUUUGUAUCAGAUAUGGGUGAAGCCGGAGAUUCUUUGAUUAUCGCCACAAUGUACUUCAUCAUAAUACAUCACGAGUCCGAUUCAUAAUGAUUUUG